AUUUUGAUAAAAGUCAGUAAUGAAACCACUCUAUGCUUGACCGUGAAACAUGAUCACUGUCCCCAUCCUCCUCCUGUUCGCACCUUUCCCUCUGCUGGUCGUGGCUCAAUCUUGUGAAAAUGCAGGUGUCGUGAACGGCUCAAGCUGUGAUUGCCCCACAGGAUUCGGCGGCUCGAAUUGCUCUCAGCCUGCAUGUGGAGGGAACAUUUUUCAAGGCACAAACCGUUCAUUAACGCCUAUAAACUCGAACGGGUUUGCCAAUCUUACGGCGGCGGGGUGUUCAUGUCAGAGCGGGUGGACGGGAACAGGCUGCAACGUGUGCCAGACGGCCAGUGCCUGCGCGUCAGGAUACUCGUCCACGACGUCUGGAUCUUCAACGAGUUCGUCGGGGCUGACAGGACUGAACGAUGGACAGAACCGAACGUUGGUGUGCAACAAUUCCCCCAGAGUAUGGGCGGCAGGCCAGCUGAGCUGCAAUGUCAAUAAUCCAACAUUACAAGCACUGUAUCCUCUGAAUUCUGUACUCAACAUCGAACGGACACUCAAUUCCUCCCUGAGCCCCAUUCCCAACACGACAUCCUUCGGCUCCGCCGGAUCCGUAUACGCCCAGCUCUUUUACGACGGUGUUGAGCAAUUCUACUGCUCUGCAGAUUCCUGUACCCAAGACCUCAGCAGCGGCUCUAAUGGAAGCUCCUCAUGGAGUUGCCAGAACCUUUCAUGCACAUGUCGAUCAGGCACUUCAUUCUGUGGCGCUGUACAUGUCUCCGACUUGACUAGCGCGAUAAACGGCCUGUCGGGAGCCUUGACCAUAAGCUGUAAUCCUCUCGACCAGUCCACCAACACAGCAUCCUGCUCUUUCCAACAGUCCACUCUCCAAUCGCUGUUUGGCGCCUCGGGUCUGACAAUGGAGGGUUGCGCAUUCGGAGAAUGUGUUGGACAGUAUGUCAUUGACGAUAACGGCAAUCUCGCUUCUUCGACAAGUGUCACCUCCCACACCCACCUGAGCGGAGGAGUUAUCGCGGGUUUGGCUGUUGUCGGUGCAUUUUUCCUCGCGGCGGUGACCUAUCUCGCGUUUGGCGUGCUUCUCCAGAGAAGAGCCCGUAAAUCGAGUGACAAUGGCCUUGGCAAUGGGAAUAUCCCCGUCGUAUGGUCAGAUAUAAGCUAUUUCGUCUCCACGGAUCAGUCCUUUUUCGGAGGCUUUGGAAAGAAGAAAUGUGAUGAUGGCGAUGGUACGAAGGUCGUUCUUGAUUCGGUUAGUGGUCGAGUUCUGCCCGGACAAAUGAUGGCUAUUCUUGGACCCAGCGGAGCCGGUAAAACCACCCUCGUCGAUAUUCUUGCGCAGAAACCCAAAAGUGGGCGCGUCACUGGGACGAUCUCUUUUCCGGGUGCAACGAAGCCACGUAUCGGAUUCGUACCACAACAGGAUGUUCUGCCGCCCAUGCUUACAGUCUUCGAAGCCCUCCUGUUUGCAGCCCGUCUUCGCCUCCCAGAAUCCGUCUCUGACAGCGAGAAGCAGUCGCGUGUCUUGUCUAUCAUGGACAAGCUUGGCAUUUCGGAACUGAAAGAUUCUAGGAUAGGAUGGGGUGAUGCUGGUGGUGGCAAGGCUAGGGGGAUUAGUGGAGGGGAAAUGAGACGCGUCAGUAUCGGACUGGAGCUGAUCGCCAGUCCAGACGUACUGAUUCUGGAUGAACCCACUUCAGGACUGGACUCGGUGUCCGCUGCUCGCGUAGCAAAUUUGUUACAUGAUAUCGCCCACGAUACCCAGCACCCCACGGCCGUUAUCGCCUCAAUACAUCAACCUAGCUCUCGUCUAUACCAAACCUUCGACCAGAUACUUGUUCUUUCCCAUGGACACACGUUGUAUUCUGGACCUGGAUGCUUCGCCCCUGUCGAUUACUUUGCUGCUGUCGCGCCUGGAGCUGCGCCACCCUGUCCGCAGGGGUACAAUGUCGCGGACUACCUCCUUGAGGUUGCUAGUGACCCGCCGUUGGCUCUAAUCCAGCAAGGGCGGAAUCGGGACCUACCUGAUAGCUCCGAUAAGGCUGAAGGCAUCUCCCAUUCGAAUACGUCAUUCAACGAGGUGUCUGUGGAGAAAGGUUUGCUUGUGGCGCCAGCUGUCAAGCGGGCGCAGUCGACCUACGCUACAACUUUCUUGACGCAAUUGCAGCGCCUAUCUGGUCGAGAGUGGAAGAUAUUACAAAGAGACAAGACUUUAUUCCUUACUCAUCUUGGGAUUGCUUGUGUAUUGGGAGUGUUCUGUGGAGGACUGUACUUCCAGACAGGCAUCACUAUAGCUGGCUUUCAGUCACGUAUUGGAUGUCUCUUUUUCCUGGGCGCGCUUAUCGCAUUUUCGUCUCUGAGUGCAUUGUACAAUAUGGUGGAGAUCCGGCCUUUGUUUUUGCGAGAGAGGUCAAGCUCGUAUUAUAGUCCUACGACUUGGUUACUGUCUCGUUUUCUUUUUGACGUUAUACCCCUACGUGUGAUUCCGACGAUUGUGGUGUCUACGAUCACGUAUUGGAUGGCCGGUCUUGCUGGUGACGCGGCUCAUUACUUCAAGUUCUUGCUCAUCCUGUUCCUUUACACACUUGCAAUCACGCUUUUCAACUUCCUCCUUGGUGCCUUGUUCCGCAACGGUGGUGUUGCGAUCCUCCUUUCCGCCCUGAGUGCUCUUUAUCAGAUGACGUUCGCCGGCUUCUUUGUGCAUCUGGGGGCCAUACCUCCGGUCCUACGAUGGCUUCAAUGGCUGUGUCCUCUGAAGUACUGCUUGGAAGCGUUAUCUGUGAAUGAGGUCGGCUCGGGACUCAUGAUAGAGGACUCGCUUGAAGGCGUCCCUGUGAACGUAUCUGCGACACUCAUUAUGAACCUGCUGUUUGGGUUCGGGUCUAACAACUAUUAUAGGGAUGUACUAGUUCUCUUUGCGUUCAUUGCUGGGUUUGGUUUAGGAGUCAUUGGUGUCGUUUGGUUCAAAGUACGGGAACGUCGGUAGGCUUGGGACAUUUUGUAAGGGUUCGUGAUUACAGUAUAAUAGUGAUAAUGGG